AUGGGUAGAACUGCUGACCUGACUGCUGUCCAGAAGGCCAUCAUUGACACCCUCAAGCAAGAGGCUGGAAUAGGAAAAUCUUUUCAUUUGCAAAAAUUUACAAAAGGAUGGGCUGAAUAUAAUAACAAGACCAGGUCAUUUUUCUCUUGGAUGACACAAGCCUUCUCUUCUGCGGAGAAAAAAGUUGAAGUUUUAUUUCCUCUUAACUUCUCAAAGCUCAACUUUGUAAAAGAGAGAAAAAUCAGUUUGUUUGGACUUCUCAACCAUUUCUUUGAGGAAACCAAGAAUAUCAUUAUCUCAGAUUAUUCUCAGUUAGAAAUUGUAUUUCUUUUAGAUGGACUUGAUGCAUAUCAACCCUCUUUAGACUUUGAUAACAGUGAAAUCUUGAAGGAUGUCAGAGAACCAACAUCAUUGGACGUCCUACUUGUAAACCUCAUCAAAGGAAAUCUGCUUCCAGAAGCCAAAGUGUGGAUAACCUCCAGGCCCGCUGCUGCUGACAAAAUACCAGAUGAUGUUGUUGACAGGAUAACAGAAAUACGAGAGAAGCCAGAUGUUAGAAGUCGAAGAAAACUCAAGUCUCAACUGAAAGAGCAGUUUACUUGUGUCUCUGAAGGGAUUGAUAGGCAGAGGACCUCAGCCCUUCUCAAUGAGGUCUUCACUGAUCUCUACAUCAUAGAAGGGGAGAGUGACGCAAAUGAAGCCAUGCAGGUUCAGGAUUCAAAGUUCAAAACAAUGAAGGAAGAGACAACCAUCAAGUACUGUGACAUUUUCAAGCCUGCAGUUGGUAUUUCAAACAUUAAAACUGUGCUGACCAUUGGAGUGGCAGGUAUAGGAAAAACAUUUGCUUCAAUGAAGUACAUACUUGACUGGGCUGAGGGAAACGCAGCGGAAAACUUUUCUUUCAUUUUUCCACUUCCUUUCAGAGAGCUAAAUCUGAGAAAUGAUAAAGAACACAGUUUAGAAGAGUUGAUUCAUCAGUUCUUCCCUGCCAUGAAGACUUCUGAAAUAACUGACUAUAACAAGUACAAUAUUCUGGUUGUUCUUGAUGGUUUUGAUGAAUGUCGCCUGGAUCUUGAUUUUAGUGAAACUACUGACUGCACUGAUGUCAUAGCACAAACCUCAGUAAAUGUUCUUCUGUCAAAUUUAAUCUUGGGAAAACUGCUCCCUAAGGCUCAGGUCUGGAUCACCUCACGACCUGCAGCAGCCAACAACAUUCCCCCAGAAAAGGUUGAUCGAAUGACUGAAGUGAGAGGAUUCAAUGAUGAGCAGAAGGAAAAGUAUUUCUUGAAGAGAUUCAGUGAUGAGGAGAUUGCUAAAAAAGUCCUAUCACAUGUGAAAAAAUCAAGAAGUCUUUACAUAAUGUGUCACAUCCCUGUUUUCUGUUGGAUCACUUCAAAGGUUCUGGAGGACUUUGUCAUUAGAAAUCAAGAGGAAGGACUGCCUAAAACCUUGACAGACAUGUACACACAUUUCCUUUUGCUCCAGCGCAGACAGACAAAAGUAAAAUAUGAUAAAGAUCAGACAAACUCUGAAACCUCUGAAAUGGAGACAUGCUCUGAUAAAAGUAAUGAUGAAACAAUCCUAUCUUUGGGAAAACUUGCUUUGAAGGGGCUAGAAGAGAAAACUCUUCUCUUUACUGAAGAAGACUUGACUAAUUGUGGCAUUGAUAUAUCAAAAGCUGCAGUUUUCUCUGGGUUGUUCACUCAGGUCAAGCGAGAAGAACAUGGGUUGUACCAGGAAAAGUUGUUCUGCUUUGACCAUCUAAGCAUUCAGGAGUACCUGGCAGCUCUCCAUUGCUUCUACUCAUUUAGUUGCAAAGGGAAAAAGGUUUUUGUCGAACCCACCUCAACUGCAUCAGACAUAGCCUCAGAGUUCUAUAAGAAAGCAGUGGACAAGGCUUUUGAAAAUAAAAACGCUGACUGGGACAUGUUCAUCCGCUUCCUACUGGGUCUCUCUCUGGAAACCAAUCAGUGUCUUCUUAAAGGGCUCCUCAAUAUAGCCAAAAAUAAUGAAGAGACGAAUAAAGAGACUGCUGAGUACAUCAAAGAGAAGAUCAGAGAGAACACCAGUGACCCUGAUAAAAACCUUAAUCUUUUCUACUGUCUUAAUGAGCUAAAUGACCUCGCCCUUGUUCAAGAAAUCAAAAAUUAUCUUCAUUCAGAGAAUAAACCUUUUGAAAAUUUCACUGUCUCUCAGUGGUCAGCUUUGACCUUUGUGCUGCUGACAUCAGAUGAGAACCUUGAGGUAUUUGAUCUCAAGAAGUACCUGAAAUCAGAGAAAGUUCUUCUGGGAAUGAUGCCAGUGGUCAGAGUCUCCACCACCACAUUGCUGAGCUGGUGUGAGCUCUCUGAAAAAUCUUGCCAUGGCCUGACAUCAUCAGUGCUCAGCUAUCCAUCAUCAAAUCUAACUUUGUUGGACCUCAGUCAUAAUGACCUGCUGGAUGUUGGAGUGAUACAACUUGCUGAUGGGCUGAAGCAUAGAAACUGUAAACUUGAAAUUCUCAAACUCGCAGGCUGCCAGGUGACAGAGGAAGGCUGCAAAUCUUUGGCCAAAGCCAUUGAGUCCAACCGAAUCUCCUCUCUUAAACAACUGGAUCUGAGUUACAAUCACCCUGGUGACAAAGGGAUCAGUGUUCUCUCUGCAAUAGUUGAGAAUCAUCACAAGAAGCUGGAGAGAGUGUGCUUUGAACACGGAGGAGAACAUCGGUUAAAACCUGGUUGGAGUAAAUAUGGUGCAGAUCUUGUGUUUGAUGAAAACACAGCAAGCAAAAGGCUUGUUCUGAGUGAUCUAAACAAAAAAGUAAAAACUAAAGAUAAUGUGAAGGAGAAGGUUCCACAAACCAAAAAUGAAGAACGGUUCAGGAGGACCCAGGUAUUCUGUAAAGAAGGCCUGAAAGGAUUUUGUUACUGGGAAGUGGAAUGGACCGGCGAAGUGGGUAUUGCUGUGGCAUAUAAAGAUGUGGGUAGGGGCUGGGACAGUAGUGGUGGUCUGGGAUGCAAUGACAAGUCAUGGAGUCUGAUCUGCUCCAAAAGCAGAUGCACUGCCCUCCAUGGAGAGACAUCCGAAAACAUCGAAGCUCCUCUUUGUUCAAAAGUAGGAAUAUUUCUUGACUGGGAAGGAGGAACUAUAAGCUACUACAGUGUAUCAUCAGAGGAGCGAAGCCUGAUUUAUACCUUCAAAGCAAAAUUCACAGCAGAGCUUUUCCCAGGCUUCUGGUUUAAGCGAGGCUCUGUAACUUUAUGUAGCCUAUAA